UUUACUGACACUGAUGGUACACAAAAAUACCCGGAAAAGCCCAAACACCGGUCUCUGUAAAUUACAAAAUCAAGUUUGCAUGGUCAGUUGCAUUUUGGAAUAGCUUCAAGUCAGAGAUCUUAUUCAGAUAUCGAUCUCUAGUCAAAUGAUGGCUGGAUUCUUCAAGCAAGUUGUCGGUGGAAUCAAAGGAAUUGUGGAUGCAGCCUCGGCCAACAUCAGCCCUUUUAAAGUACAAGUUGCUAAACCUGAGGAUCAUUCGGGAUUGACCAUAAAGAACAAUGACGGCAAUGUGACGCUUUUCCGUAGAUCUGGCAGCUUCGAAUGCGUGGUCUACACCGGUACCAGAGGAGUACAAAGCAAGGUGUUCAGCAUAUUCCGCUUGACCAAUGAGGGAGAGGCUUAUGCAUUGUUCAAUGUGUUCACCCCAAAACUGAAUGCCUUGACCAACUGCAGUAGCUCUUUGGCCAAUGAAAAAGUCAUGCAGAAGGUGUGCGACUGCAUGCGGGAUCAUCAGACCUGGACAACGGCCCACGUUGCUGCGUUCGUUGGCUUGUUCGAAUGUUUUAAAUUUACAGAUAUUAAAAGUCUCAUAAACAGUCGGUGCACAGCUACUUGCGCCACCCCAAUCAUGGCAGCCAUCAUGGGGAGACAACUCCAAUGUGUCCAAGAGCUUCAGGCAUGUGGUGCCUCACUGGAGAUGCAGGAUAUUAAUGGAGACACUGUGUACCAUUACGCUGUUCAGGGAGACACAAAAACCAUACCGGUGCUGGCUCGAACCGACGUUAAAGAAAUUAUGAACUGGAUGAACCGCAGCGGGCUGACCUGCCUCAGUGUGGCCUGUGAGAAAGGUAGUGCAGAGGCUGUAGAGGAAUUACUUCAAGUCGGAGCUAACCCCUUUAUAUCUUCUGCAGACUGUUUCCCGAUUCAUUUGGCUGUUAUGGCAGAAAACCAAAGGUGUGUCGACAUUUUACUGAAGAAGUUUCCGGACCAGGCAAGCUUGCGAGACAACAAAAACGGAGGCACUCCAUUUCACUGGGCCAGGACUGAUAAGAUGAUGGAGUUGCUGUGUAAGACGAAGUGUGACGUGAAUGUGAAGAGUAAGACCAGCCACACGCCUCUACACGUGAUGCAGCAGGAAAAGAGAAUCAAUUGUAUCAUGGUGCUGUUGUGUUACGGUGCCGACGCUACAGUGGCUGACCUGAACGGAGAUACACCUUUACACCUCGCUGUCAGGAACGAUGAUGUUGAAAUGGUGCGAACCUUCGUGGUGUUUGGAGCAGACGUCAAUCUGUGUAACGCUCAGAACCAGACCGCCAGACACAUUGCAGCUGUUAACAACGGCAAGAACAAGGAUAUUAUUGUGUUCAUUCUACAUGUGUCUGGGGCUAAGCGCUGCACCCCGGAGGUAAAGGGCUGCCAGAAGGGAUGUUUCUGUGAGGGAAACUACGCUGGUACCCCCGACGAAACCAUGAAAAACAUGAUGGAUGCUGACAAAACAGCCAUUAUGGAUGAAAUGUUUGCAUCCUUCCCUUUCGAUGAGACAUUGUCAAAGGCAGAAGAAGCCGGAUUUGGCCUCGAUUCGCCCGACUCCGGCACUGGUAUCCCACCUGGUGAUAGAUUGCUUUGCCUAGACGGAGGUGGUAUACGAGGCCUGGUGCUCAUUCAAGUUCUGAUGGCUGUAGAGAAGGAGGCGGGGAUUCCCAUAAAGGAGUGUUUUGAUUGGAUAGGAGGGACGAGCACAGGUGGAAUAUUAGCUCUAGGAAUCGGCAUCGGGAAAUCCUUGACGUACUUGAAGGGAUUGUAUUUUCGUUUAAAAGAUGAAGUCUUCACAGGAACGCGACCAUACGCUACCGAGCCUUUUGAGGAUAUGUUGAAAAGGGAAUUCGGGGAAACAAGAAUGAUGACCGACAUCAGUCACCCAAAGGUAGUGGUAAUGGGUGUCUAUGGAGACAGACAGCCUACUGAAUUACACCUGUUUAGGUCCUACUUCCCGACCAUACAGAGGGAUUUUACAACCGCUAACAAGGAGGUCAAGUUUGACCCCCCUCCGCCUCCUAAUGAACAGAAGAUGUGGCAAGCAGCACGUUCCAGUGGUGCGGCUCCUACCUACUUCAGGGCUCACGGCCGGUUUGUGGACGGCGGAAUGAUCGCCAACAAUCCCACUCUGGACAUGCUCACGGAGAUCCACGAGUACAACACUGGACUCAGACUAAAGAAUGAGACACACCUGACUCACCCGCUAGUUUGUGUUGUCUCCCUUGGCACUGGUCGGGUCCCUGUCGUUCGCAACGAGCACAUUGAUGUGUACAGGCCGGAGAGUGUGUUUGAGAUCCACAAGGUGGCGAAAGGAAUAUCUGGACUGGCCAGCAUGCUCCUUGAUCAGGCCACUGCAUCAGAGGGGAGUCCUGUGGAUCGGUCCAGAGCCUGGUGCAGCAUGCUAAACGUACCAUUCGCACGAUUCAGCCCCCAAUUAUCAUUGGACCUGCCCCUAGAUUGUCAUGACAACAAACAACUAAUUAAUAUGAUGUGGGAAACCCAGUGUUACAUCGAGGCCAACAGACAUCGGGUCCAGCGUGUGGCCAGCAUGCUGAGGAAAUACCACAGGAUAAAUAUGUCCCUACAUCCGCCAUCCGACAGCCCCAAGCUGGUCGAGGUGGAAGGCACAUAAUAUAUACUUUGAAAUAUAAGUACUUUCUGUAAAUUUUGCUUUUGAUUUAUAGUCAUUCUUUACAAAAUGAUUUCCUUUGCUAAUUUCAUACUAAGUCAGACUAAUUUUGGUAAAUAUUGAUGUCUGAAACGCAUAAUUAUCUCGUGAUAUGCACAAUAUUGAUUUCAGUUUUUAGUUAAAAGAACUUUAAACAAUGUACUUCAAUGCUUUCACAUAUAAAGGAAUUAUUAAAAUAAAAAAUGAAAAAAAUUAUCUUUGAUAAUUAUGUUGGCAGUGAGAUGGCUACUUAACUGAGGGUCAUUAUAUUGAAUUAACUUUUUGCUUAGUUUAUAAGAGCAAGCCAUUUGGAAUAUUUGGUAACGAAGAGUAUUACAGUAUAAGACAUUCCAUUUUGUUUGUAAGGAAGUGUAUAAAAUGUGAUAUUGAAUUGCUUCAUAUGGUUGGUGAUUGGUUCAUGGUAUAUAAGUUGUAUGCUACCUUAUACAUUCUAACUGUGAUCUGUGUGAGAGUUGUCUCCCUGAAAUGUUUUUUUUUCUGUGAUAUUAUUUAGUGCCAGGUAGCUACCUGAGUAAAUGUUGUAUCAGUGUUUAGCAUUACUGUUUCUACCUUAUUAACCUAAACAUGUUAAGGGUAUAUGCUACAUACCUUACACUUAAUCAGGGUGAUUUUUGUGUUGCAGUUAUCUCCCUUGGAAAUGUUUGCUGUUAUUUUGAAUUCUCUUAGUGCAGUUAUCUCCCUUGAAAAUGUUUGCUGUUAUUUUGAAUUCUCUUAGUGCAAUUAUCUCCCUUGACCAUAUUUGCUGUUAUUUCUUAUUUCUCUUAGUACAAUUAUCAAUUUCCAUUAAUAUCACACUUACCAACUUUUUAAAAAAAAUCAUAGGGGAGAUUAUGCAUGGUCAGAUGUAUACACUCUUGGGGGAAAAAAUGAGCUGUUCUCUCAGAUGCACUCAUCAGAUCUUGGAAAAUAGGAAUAGUUAGCAAAUUCAGUGUUUGAAAAUGCUCAAUUUUAGAGUCCAAAAUAGGGAGAGUUGGGCAAGUAUGUUAUACCCACAGGGUCUGUGGGGGAAAAUGGUCAAACGUGAGGGGGUGAGAUUAUUACCGGAUGUGAGCCCAUGUUUUACCAGUAGUCACAAUCAUGCAGUCAUAAAUAUGUAUAUCAACAUAUUUACAAUUCACAAUUCAAAGCAAACAAACCAUGGCUAAUAUUACAAAAAUGUUAAUGCAUAUUAAAAUUUUACACUUCUGCAUAUUGCUUCCUAUGAAAUAUAAAAAAAUGUAUAUAUUUGAUAAUGAAAACAGUUUCCUACACCCAAUGGGUUGACUUUGACCCAUUCACCCCUAAAGUCAUAUUUGAACCUUACCAAAUCAAUGACUGGUCAAGUCCAGUUGAGAAUUGUAGGGGGUGAAUGAGUUGAACAGCUUUAUUACCAGGUAUAAAUAUCUGCCAAAUUCUCAACUAUGAAAUGAAGGCCAAAGGUGGUCAAACUGAACAGUCAAGCCUGCUAAAUGUAGGUCAUUUCAGUAUUUCAACAUCUCAGAGUCAUCUAAAGUAAUACAAUGUGGCAUUUAAAAUAUUUCAAUUUGUCUUAAAUAUACUAGUCUUAUUUAAUAAGUAUUUCCUUGUAUAAUGGAGAAAAUUUUUUAUUCAUGUUGACAUUAUCUCGACAGUGGAAAGGAGCCCAAUAUAGUAUAAUAUUAUCUGAGAAGGCCAAAGAUGUCAUUUGCAGGUUGACUUGCACAAAUGCUGGUGAUUUGGUAGGUAUGCAGGGUUAUUUAUAGAUUGCGGUAAAUUGAAAUAAGAAUUUACAUUCCAAUAUACAAAUGAUUUUGAAAUCCAUUGUUAUUUAUUUAAUGUACAUUGUACAAUUAUUUAUUAUUUGCACUUUUGUUAUAAAUGAAUUUAUGUUUACUUUUAUUGUGGUAUUCGUUGUUCUUGUUGUCCAUUUUUGAUCAAAAUUUGUAAUUAUUAAGAGAGUUGUUGUGAUGUUACCGUACAUCUCUCACGAUUUCAAUUGUUAUAAUAUCUGAUAUUGAGGAUACCGUCAGUAGUAUUGACCUCGUUAUUUCUUAACUACAUGUAAUGAAUACUGUAUGAAAUAUUUUGUUUCUUAAUGCUCUUUACCGUAUUUGCCGCAAUUAGCACCCUACCCCUUUUCAGGAGGAAUUGGAGACCUGACCGAGCUCGGUCACAGAUUCAUAGUAUUUAACUGUCAAAGCAGAAACAUAUGCCAAGUGAACAUGGCAGGACUUCGUUUGAAGCAAAUGAAACACUUGACUGUUUAUAAUGGCCUUUGGUGAAAACAGCACUAAGUUGCACAGCUUUUUCUUUCACAACUCACAUUUUAUUACCCAAUGGAAAACCCCACUUUAAGCCAAUUUUUUCUUUAAAGCUCCAUGGGUGCUAAUUAUGGCAAAUACGGUAGUUGUUGAGAUUUUAUAUAUGCAAUUUAUUGGUUGAUAUUGCCUGCAUGUUAAAUAAUUUAUGUCUAGCAUUCGUUUUAUACAUUCAGCACAAAUAAAGUGUGUUAUGUUAUAUUACUGUCGAGUCAUGCUGUCUGUCCAUCUGUCCAUCUUUCCAUCCGUCCAUCUGUUUGCAAAACAUCACGACCGGAACUAGUUCCCCAGUUUCCCGCCAAAGUUUUCAAGAUUUGGUGUAUGUAAAGAUAAUCAAACAAAUAUGACCUGAUUGUAACAUUGGAAUGCUAUUUUAAAUAAUGAGACAGUUAUAUUAUUCCAUGCACAUUUGAACCUUUUGGCCUCAGGCCACAAAUACAUUUACGGGUCGUUGCACAAGAAUUUAGUGCAUAAGGACAUUUCGGUUUCUAAAUGAUUUCUAAAUGAUUUUUCCUGUCUGACUCACAGGUAUGUACAGUUUUUUACAUAGAAUUGUUCAUCAGUAUCUAUUCUAGUGAUUAAAUUGUUUUGACACAGUUUUAAAGUUUGUAUUUGCAGCAGGACACAAUGAGUGAUGAGGCUUGCACAUUGAUAUUUUGUGUUUUUUUUGGUAUAGUGACAGUCAAAUGAAAUUAUCUUUCUUAAAUGCCGGUCAUGAGGUACUUUCCAGCUCACUGUGUAGGUUCUGGUUGAAUAGAUCUACAAUAUGAAAAAGGAACCAGACCCUGUGCAAAAGUUUCAAAAUAUUUCAAUUUAUUUUAUCCUUCGGUAGUAACAUAUGGUAGAAUUAAUUGUGGUCUGAGGCCUUCUGGUAUGAUUGGAAAUAUGAACAAAGGGAGACAAUAUUAAUACCUUCAACAUGUUUCAACACCUCUAAAAAUAAUUAAAUAUUUCUGAGUAUUUAAGUACAGUAAAACCUCGUUAUUCUACCACCAUUUGUACACAGAAAUUUGGCAUUAUACAGGGGUUUGGCUAUAAAUUGAGGGAAACACAUCAUGGAUUUCUUGAAAAAAAAUGGACCAUGAAUUACAUUGGCUGUAUGUGAGGUGGCAAAUGAAAUGCGAGGCAUUACAUUGAGUUUUUUUUGUACAAUUUUAUUUUCUGUAUCGCUCAAUUGGCAUCAGCUUGGGCCAUACAAACGGUUUCUGUGUAAUAAUUUUUUGAAGUAAUGCUCUCAUUUUCAUAAAACAGAAAAUUCAUGCCUAUAAAAUUAAUUUGUCUCUCAAGUUUUACCUAAAUCAAUCAAAUUUGAAAAAAAUUAUCCAUCCCAAAGAGCAAUCUUUUGUGGUUACUUUAGCAAAGCAUUUAAAAUGUAUGUGUCAUAGUUAUUAAAGUUGCAAACCGCCAACAUAUUUCAAAUUUCACUUUUCUUCCUUCUUUGGAGUUAAUUUCUGUAGAUAUAUAUCUCUUUAUGUAUAUCCGAUACUCCCUAUAACACCAAAAGUUUGCUGACAAGACUUUGUGCAUCAAUAAACUGCCAUUUUAAAAAGGUUUGGCGAUAUAUCAAGACAUCAAGGAAUGGUUAAGGGAAAAUGGGAUCCUGAAAUGUGUUUGCGGUAUAUAUAUAUGCGAGGUGGCUAUAUAUAGGGGUUUAAUUGUAGAUGUGGCAAUCAAGGUUUAACUCAUUCACCCCUGACAUUUCAUAAUGAUCUAUUCCAACCUUUGAAUUGGAAGAGUUCAAAUGUGUCUUCAGGAGGUGAAUGAGUUUAUUGUAGAUACAGUGUAUGGCAUUCCAGUUUUAGUUGUAGAUGUGGCAAUCAAGGUUUAACUCAUUCACCCCUGACAUUUCAUAAUGAACUAUUCCAACCUUUGAAUUGGAAGAGUUCAAAUGUGUCUUCAGGGGUGAAUGAGUUAAUUGUAUGUUACAAUGUUGAUCAGUGUAUUGUAUGUAAAAUGUAUUAAGGAUUAUGAUUUCUGUAGUCCACGUGAUUGUGAUGCUUUGUCUUCCAUAACCAAUCAAAACGUAGUCUGUAGAUGUGAAUGCUUCAAUAAAAUAACACCUGUGA